UUUCACAGAUGCCCACCGCUUGUAAGAGGCAGCCUGGUAAAAUGAGUCUAUGGAAACAGUUGCCCGGGCGGCCAACUGCUGCUUCCGGAAGUUCUUUGACGUUUUGGUAACAAUGGAGCAACUGGACCAAUGCGGCGCCCCUUCCGGUUUCGUUUGUUCUCGCCGAGUUCUUCUUUCCCAAAGUUGCCUUUGCCCCCGGAAGUGAGGUCUUCCGGGUUCCUCCCUCCCCCAUGAUGGCAGCAGCUGAAGACGAGUUACUGCUGCCACGGCUGCCCGAGCUGUUCGAAACCAGCAAGCAGCUUCUGGAAGAAGUGGAAGUAGCGACUGAACCCACCGGUUCCCGGAUGAUCCAAGAUAAGGUGUUCAAGGGACUAGACCUCCUGAAGAAGGCUGCCGAAAUGUUAGCGCAGCUCGACUUAUUCAGCCGCAAUGAAGAUUUGGAAGAGAUUGCUUCCACCGACCUGAAGUAUCUGAUGGUGCCAGCAUUUCAAGGAGCGCUCACCAUGAAACAAGUCAACCCCAGCAAGCGUCUAGAUCAUUUGCAGUGGGCUCGAGAACACUUCUUAAACUACUUAACUCAGUGCCAAUACCACCAUGUGGCAGAGUUUGAGCUGCCCAAAACCAAGAACAACCCGGCUGAAAAUAACACUGCUAGUUCCUCCAUGGCCUAUCCUAGCCUCGUUGCUAUGGCAUCUCAAAGACAGGCUAAAAUAGAGAGAUACAAGCAGAAGAAGGAGGUGGAGCAUAGGUUGUCUGCGCUGAAAUCUGCUGUGGAAAGUGGUCAUGCAGAUGAUGAGCGUGUUCGUGAAUAUUACCUUCUUCACCUUCGAAGGUGGAUUGGUAUCAGCUUAGAAGAGAUUGAGAGCAUUGAUCAGGAGAUAAAGAUCCUGAAAGAAAAAGACUCUUCAAAAGAGGCAUCAACUUCUCACUCAUCUCAUCAGGACAGGCCUCCAAUGAAACCCUUCAUUCUCACUCGGAACGUAGCCCAAGCCAAAGUAUUUGGAGCUGGUUAUCCAAGUCUGGCAACUAUGACGGUGAAUGACUGGUAUGAGCAGCAUCAGAAAUAUGGAGCAUUACCAGAUCAGGGAAUAGCCAAGACAACACCAGAGCUCACGAGAGCAGCUCAGCAAUGGAAAGAUCAGGAACAAAAGGAGGAAGAAGAUGAUGAGCAAACACUCCACAGAGCUCGGGAAUGGGAUGACUGGAAGGACACCCAUCCUAGGGGCUAUGGCAACCGACAGAACAUGGGUUAGUCGUCCCACAAGAUGGGACUGUGGGGGCGCACCAUUUUCCCCACCAAGGAAAGCUGUGUGGUCUUCCCCUCCCUGGGUUCCUGCUUCAGCUGUGUACAACAAAAGCAAAGACGCUUAAUCAUGCUUUGCGUUCAAUAAAGUGUCAAACAAUUAAGUGUGUAUUUGUAUCCUAGAUGAUGAGCCAGCAGUCUUGUUUUGGCAUUAUUAUCCUCAUCAUGGUGUAUUCCAUUUUCUUAAGUGGAAAGAAAAGUACUGAGAAAUGGCUCUGUAUAAUCAAUGACUGUAUGAAUUCUCUCUAAAAAAUAAUAAAAGUCCCUUCUAUUACAUGAGGCUGUGCAGAAA